AUGUCAAUCAAGAACGUUAUCAUCAUUGGGGCCGGUGGGAAUCUCGGGCCUUCAAUCCUGGAUGCCUUCCUGACAAGCUCAUCUUUCAACGUGACAGUCCUCAGCCGCGAAGAAUCCACCAAAACCUUUCCCGACAACGUCAAAGUCGUGCGCGCGAACUUUGACUCCUUUGACUCUCUCAAAUCUGCCUUCCAAGGUCAAGAUGCGAUUGUGUCACUUGUCGCGUCUGAAGCGUUAGCCGCCCAGAUCAAGCUCAUUGACGCAGCUAUUGCCGCGGGCGUCAAGCGCUACAUCCCUUCAGAAUUCGGCUCUAACACCGCCGAUCCGCGUACCUUGGAAGCGGUCCCUCUUUUCAAAGGCAAGAUUGAUAUCCAAGAGUAUCUCAAGAGCAAGGAGAGCGAGAUCAGCCGAACCACCAUUGUUACAGGUCCAUUUUUCGACUGGGGCCUCAAGGUCGGAUUUCUCGGGAUCAACGCUCAGACUAAGACUGCCGCACUCAUCGACCAGGGCACAACUCCGUUCUCGACCAGCAACCUCCGCCAAAUCGGCCUUGCAACAGUCAAGGUUCUCGAGCAGGCCGAAGAGACGAAGAAUCAGUAUGUGUACGUGUCUUCCUUCGAGACAUCGCAGAAAGAGCUUCUGGAGAAAGCAGAGAAGAUCACUGGAGAGAAGUACAAGGUUGAGCACUUGGAUUCGACGGAGCUGCGCGCCGAAGGUCUCAACAAGAUCAAAGCAGGUGAUUUCUCUGGAUUUGUCCCAUUGAUUCAAGCAGCCGUCUCCGGAAAGGCGGGCUUGGGUGACCACAGACCUUGCGGCUUGUGGAACGAGAGACUAGGAUUGCAGAAGGAGGACUUCGAUGGGUCUAUCAAGGCUGGCUUGAGCGGGAAGCUGUACGGACAGUAA